UUUGGCAGUUUCCACUAUUUUCAGAAUUCGUUAUCUGUUUUCUGAUAACAAAAACAAGAAAAACAGAAUCUUUACGACUACUUCUUUAUUUAUCCGCUCUAACCACUCAUUCUACGCAGAUUUUGAAUGGCAGAGCGAGAUAAAGAUGAAAUCUUUAGUUUAAAAAGUUAUCAACGUCCAAUUGUCUAUCAUUCUGAAUAUAAUGUAACUGCAUUUGGAAUCGAACAUUUACAUCCAUUUGAUUCUUCGAAAUGGAGAAGAGUCAUUACACAUUUGAAAGAAAUGAAUCUGAUCACUGAUGAAACACUCGUUGAGCCAAAUCUACCGACAUUUGAAGAACUCACUAGAGUACAUGAUAGAAAAUAUCUGAAAAGUGUUCGAAAUCCUAUUAAAGCAGCACAAAUCGUCGAGAUUCCAUUUGUCGGUUGCCUUCCACCGUGCAUUAUUGAAAGCAAGUUAUUGCAUCCACUACGUUUACAAGCCGGUGGAACAGUUUUAGCUGCCAAUUUGGCUCUAAAACAUGGUUGGGCGAUCAACGUGGGUGGUGGUUUCCAUCAUGCUUCUCAUUCGGGCGGAGGUGGAUUCUGUUUUUACGCUGAUAUCACCAUGGCAAUUUUCGAUUUGUUUGACAAAAAGGCAAUUGCCAACGCGAUUGUUGUAGAUUUAGAUGCUCAUCAGGGAAAUGGCCAUGCACGAGACUUUGCUGACAAUCCGAAUGUGUUUGUAUUUGAUGUUUUCAAUCCAUAUGUCUAUCCACAUGAUCGUGAAGCUCGUCAAUUUAUUAACAGAGCGGUUCAUGUAAAUGGUCAUACGACUGAUACUUCCUACCUCUCCGAAUUACGCAAACAACUGGCACAGUGUUUAAUUGAUAGAGAGAAAACUACUCCUCCUGGUUUCGAUUUCAUUAUGUUCAACGCUGGCACAGACUGUCUACUUGGUGAUCCUCUGGGAGCAAUGAAAUUGAGUCCACAGUGCAUAAUUGCUCGAGACGAAGUUGUGUUCAAUCUAGCAAAAUCAAAAGGAAUUCCAAUUUGCAUGGUAACCAGUGGAGGGUAUCAGAAGGACAACGCGCUUCUCAUUGCAAAAUCAAUUGAAAAUCUCCAGUCAAAGAAUCUCAUCAGUAUCAAAUAAAAAAGUUAUAUCAGCAUAUCUUUUCCUUAUAAAUUAUUUUUUAUUAAA